AUGGCUGCGCCAAAUGAUGAAGAGAAGGAAGAUUUGUUGCUGGCGUGUCGAUAUGGAGACUUGCAAGAUGUUCAACAGUUUGUAGCUCAAUUCGGAGCAGAAGGUCUGGCUUCUAUCCAGGACGACAAUGCAAACACCGUCUUGCACAUGGCAUGCGGCAAUGGACACUUGGACAUACUGCAAUAUCUGCUCCCCAUUGUACCAUCAUCGCUCAUAUCCGCGCAGAACACCUCAAAAUCAACGCCACUGCACUGGGCCGCUCUGAACGCGCAUCUCGAGAUCGUCCAGGCCCUAGUCAAAUUUGAAGGCGGACCUGGAAUCGACUUAAUCGACAUAAAAAACACUGCCGGUCGUACACCUCUCGGCGAGGCCGAGCUCGCAGGCUGGGAUGAGGGCGCAGCAUGGCUGGUCAGAAUGAUGAACCUGGAUGCCGGUGAUGGGGAGAACAAGGAAGGAGAGGAUUCGGAAGCUGGGGGAGCGGAGGACAUCGCUGCACAGGAUAUAGAGGUUGAGAUACAGGACGCGGACGGAAAGAUCGCACGAAUGACUAUUGGGGGCAACCAAAGUAGUUAG